UCUCUCUAAAUUAAAAUCAAGUUGCAGACAAAUCAAAGAGCAAUUCAAUAAUAUACAGAAAUGGAAAGCAAUUCGACAGUAAUAUCCAAGAGAGCGUGGAGCAUUGUACGUGUCUUCUUCUUCAUGCUCCGUAAAGGCUUCGCAAAAGGGAAACUCAUGAUGAACCUCAACCUCAUGCUCAAACGUCCCGGAAAACUCGCCGGAAAAGCCAUCGCCAAUCACAUCUCCCACCACCAUGGCGGCUCCGCCACCUUCCACGACGUUCCCCUGCACUUCUCCACUGCACGAGAGUAUGAGUUCAGCUGCAGCAACACUCCUAACUACAGCUUCUUCUCCAAACGCCGCAAUCCCCGUCACUUGUUUGCGUGUGCUCAAGCGCCACUCACGUUGGACGAUGACACGGUGGCGGUUCAUAAUGCCCUUAAGGUGGCAUUGGAAAUGCUGGAUGACAAAAAAUAUAAGGAUGUGGUGGAGGCGUCGCCGGAACUUCUAGGGUUUGGACGGACUGCCAUGGGGAGACAGUUGAGGGUGACGGAUUUGCCAUUCCCGGUGCAAGAUGGCAACAACGACAGGGACGACCCAGUUGACGAGGCGGCGGAGGAGUUCAUAAAGAGGUUCUACAGGGAGUUGAGGAAGCAGGGUUGAGCAACUUUGGAUAUUUUCUGCGUUAACUGUUAAUUAUUAUAAUUAAUUAACAGUAAAUUAAACAUGAACCAGUUUUGGAUAUAUUGGUGGUAAUUAUCCCAAUCUCAGUUUUCACCUUCGUGGGGGUGGGGACUUUGGUUUCAACAUUCAACGUUGUUAUUUCAGAUAUACUUCAUGUGUAUUUUGUGUUGCUUUAUGCUCAAUAAAUAAAUAAAAAUUAGAUAUUAUAAUUAAC